CUAAUAUUCAAUAUAAUACCUUGUUUGACUUAUAUUGCGUCAGUUGUAGCAACACAGAAUCUACUUAUAUUAAUUACCAGGUACUCUAUUAUGAGAAGGGGUAUUGAAUUGACGUGUGAAGAAUUUGGUUAUCAUUUCAUUUGAAUUCAUCUUUCUUCCUCCUUCUUACUAUUGUACUGUCCUAUCAUUGCUUAGAAACUAGGACUAAGAAGAAAGUACUAUCAUCAGAAGCAUGAGCACUGAAAAUGAACUUAUUGCAAUUUGCGGGAUGUCGUUCCGCCUACCAGGUGGUUUGAACACAUCCAAGCAAUUUUGGGACUUCCUUGUCGAAAAGGGCGAUGCGCGUCAGCGAGUCCCCAAGUCCAGAUAUAACAUCGAUGCAUAUUAUUCCUUAUCCGGAGAGCCUGGCACAAUCAAAACAAAGCAUGGGUAUUUUCUUGAUGAGAAGGUGAAUUUAGGCCAUCUGGACACGUCCUAUUUCCAGUUCUCCAAGAGUCAAGCAUGUAAUAUGGAUCCUCAGCAGCGACUACUGCUUGAAGUCGCCAGAGAAGCCCUCGAAGAUGCCGGUGAGAAAAAUUGGCGUGGGAGCCGUACGGGCUGCUACAUAGGAAACUUCGGAGAAGAUUGGCUGGAAACAUGCGCGAAGGACGAUCUACGCACUGAGCAGUAUGGCAUUGAAGGGACAGGGGAUUUCGUACUUUCGAACCGCGUUUCUUACCAACUGGAUCUACGAGGCCCGAGUGUCACUGUCCGUACAGCCUGCUCAUCGGCACUGACGGCUUUACACGAGGCUUGUGAGGCAGUUGCGAACAGAGAUUGUGAUUCUGCCAUUGUUGGCGGUACCAGCCUCAUAUUGGCUCCGAGUAUGACUGCUAGCAUGUCAGAGCAAGGUGUUCUUGCCCCUGACGGAUCUUGUAAGACCUUUUCAGCUGAUGCCAACGGCUACGCUCGUGGCGAGGCAAUCAAUGCGAUAUACAUAAAACCACUGGCAAGUGCAAUUCGCGAUGGGAAUCCAAUUCGGGCUGUCAUCAGGUCUACAGCAGCAAACAGCGAUGGGAAAGGUCGCGGAGGGAUAAGUGCUCCUAGCUCAGAGGCCCAGGAGGCACUAAUUAGGAGGGCCUACGAUGUCGCAGGAAUUGAAGAUUACUCGAAAACCGCCUUUGUCGAGUGCCAUGGUACAGGAACAACUGUGGGAGAUUCAAUUGAGAUUCGCGCACUGGCAAAAACAUUUGGCCCGUCGGGGGGGGUUUAUAUCACAUCAGUCAAACCGAACCUUGGACACUCUGAAGGUGCAUCGGGGCUCACAUCAGUAAUAAAGGCGAUACUAGCUCUUGAAAACCAAGUAAUACCUCCUAAUAUCAAGUUCUCCGAACUUCAUCGCAACGCCGAGCUGGAUACUACCAACCUCAAGGUUCCCACCGAACCCAUCCCUUGGCCCAAGUCGUGUGACGAGCGAGUCAGUAUCAGCUCUUUCGGUAUUGGCGGAUCAAAUGCACAUGCAAUUCUUGAAUCGGCGAGAAGUUUCGACAUUCCGAUAAUAAAUCCCACAGUGGCUUCCGACGCACCUCAACUAUUGGUGCUUUCAGCAAGUUCACGCCAGUCUCUAGAAGAUAUGGGCAAUAACUACAAGAGCUUCCUGGAUGAGAAUCCUGACAGUAUCGAUGAUCUCGCAUACACGCUUGGUAAUCGGCGGGAACAUUUGCCAUUUAGAUCAUUUGCAGUUAUGAGUAGAUACGCCCCUUUUCGUCCAUCUCCGGCUACGAAGAGGAAGGAGGAUUCCCAUCUAGUUAUGAUGUUCACUGGCCAAGGCGCUCAAUGGCCACUCAUGGGGAAAGAGCUCCUGCAAGAAUCACAAUAUCCUGUUUUCCGAAGGUCGAUACAGUGCUUGGAUGAACAUGUACAAGCCUUGGAACCUGGCUGGAGUAUCCUGGAGGAACUUCUUCAAUCUCCCCACGAGAGUCGAUUGGAUGAAGCCGAAAUCUCACAACCAUUAUGUACAGCAAUUCAGAUUGCUCUGGUUGAUACCCUCUCUUCUAUCGGGAUCACCCCAGCUGCAGUUGUUGGUCACUCUAGCGGUGAGCUCGCCGCAGCUUAUGCUGCAAGAGCACUUACAGCAAAGGAGGCGAUCAUUGCAGCUUUCUAUCGUGGAGUUGCCGCAGGGAAGCAGACAAAAAUGGGAGCCAUGGCUGCUGUUGGUCUUGCUCUAGAAAGGGUGGAGCAGUUCCUGAUACCAGGAGUAGUGAUUGCUUGCGAGAACUCACCCGAGAGUGUAACGAUCUCCGGUGAUGUGGAGGCGGUUAGGACUGUUGUGCACAAGAUCAAAGAUUCUGAACCAGAUGUUUUGGCGCGAGUCCUGAGGGUGGACAAGGCAUACCAUUCUCAUCAUAUGACGGAGAUCGGAGACGACUAUCAUGCUUUGAUUACCAAAGACGUCGUUGGUCAGACACCUAAGAAACUCUUCUUCUCCAGCGUCACAGGGGCCUUACUAGAGGGAAGUGCUCUUGGUCCUGAUUACUGGCAAAAGAAUCUAGAGUCCCGAGUAUCGUUCCGGUCGGCUGUAAAAAAUCUGCUUAACCAUGAAAUUGGGGAGAAUGCCACUUUCAUAGAAAUUGGGCCGCACUCUGCUCUAUCGGGUCCUCUAAGGCAGAUUCAAGACGAAUGCCGGAGUUCCAACCUUUACAUACCAUCGAUGCUGCGAAAUCAAGACUCUGUUGAAAGUUUCUUAGUAGCUGUCGGGCAGUUGUAUGUCUCUCAUAUUCCAAUGGAUCUCGAACAGCUGCUCCCCAGAGGAAGAAGCCUUCCAGACCUCCCGAGAUACCCCUGGAGUUAUUCGGAUACUUAUUGGCUAGAGUCAAGAUUGAGUAAAGAAUGGCGGCAUCGACAGCACCGAUAUCAUGAGCUGCUAGGAGUAAGAGUAAGGGAGAGCACAGAAAUUGAACCUCUAUGGCGAAACCUCUUCAACCUUGAACAUGCCCCCUGGAUCCGUGAUCACAAGGUCAAGAAUGACAUUGUGUUCCCCUUUGCAGGUUAUGUCGGCAUGAUUGGUGAAGCUGUCCGACAGAUCAGUGGCAUUGAAGAAGCUUUUGUUAUGCGACGUGUAGUUGUUAGUACUGCCCUCGUGUUAGCAGAAGCCAAACCCAUGGAAAUAAUAACUGCGCUCCGUCGCCAUCAAUUGACCGACUCCCUAGAAAGCCGAUGGUGGGAUUUCACGAUAUCUUCGCACAAUGGUCAUAGUUGGAUGACUCAUUGCACGGGUCUGACUGAGAAGCUUAUUGAGAGACCCCCAAUCACCAUGCCUUUGCGCAAAAUCACAUCCGAAAGAUGCUACGCAGCUAUGCAAAAGCAAGGUCUGAAUUUUGGGCCGAGCUUCCAGUGUCUCCAUGACAUCCGGUCUGAAACCUCAAUUCGUCUUGCAACCGCCAUGGCAGCUACCAAAGGAGCAGACCAGAACGGCUAUCAUCUACCCCCGACUAUUAUCGAUGCAGCACUGCAGCUGAUGUCAGUGGCAGCCACCAAGGGUUAUGUUGGAGAUUACACCGAGAAGACGAUAGUGCCCGUGAGAGUCGAUAAGUUGAGUGUGUACCGCUGUACAGUCAAUGUCCCAAACGACUUCCAAAUCGUGGCCCAAGCGAAUUUCACUUCAGCAGGUGAUGUCGUUGGCGAAACUAGAUGCAAUAGUACCGAAGGCAUGCUCCUGGAGGUUGAUGGGCUGCGACUAAAGGCUAUUGAGGACGUAGACGAGCAUGAGAAUGAUGUUUCUGCUUGUCGGACUGAAUGGGUACCUGAUACUGAUUUUGUCGACGUGUCUCUCUUAAUGAAAGAGGCUGCUGACGAAUCUGGAGCUGACAAGCUGAACCAAGAGCACUUAGAACUUGUUUUAGAAAGCUCUGAACGACAGCUAAGAGGAUUGAAGUCGGACUUACCACACAUGCAGAAGUUUGCGACUUGGAUCAGCAGUCAACUAAAAGAGAAGAACAGCAGUAAUUUCGCGCAUCUGAGCGACAGGGAGCUCCUUCAGAGGAUAGAAUCCAUCACAGAAAGGCUCCAUGACUGCUCAUCUGGGAAUACGGCGCAGACAACUGCUGUCAACACUAUCUUGAACAAUAUCAAAGACUUGUUCUUAGGUACGGUGCAGCCAUUAGACAUACUCCAAGACGACGAUACCCUUCGAACAAUGUACCAGACAGGGCCCCUAGACAUCACGGAACUCUGUCGUUGCUUAGUCUACAGCAAGCCAGGCUUACGUAUUCUGGAGAUUGGAGGGAAUACCGGUCAUGUUCUUUCAAGUACGCUUAGCGCCUUGUUCUCACCGACUGGUCAACCACUAUUUUCAGAGUACGUAUUUACCGAUGUUUCUGAUAGUAUGGUGGCCGCUGCAGAAAUCAAAUUCCAGAAGUAUUCGAGAAUAGAAUAUAUGGUCCUUGAUAUCAGCCAGAACCCAUCAAGCCAAGGGUUUGAAGGCCGCCACUUCGACCUCGUCAUUGCUGGUAACGUUCUCCAUCACACGGAAAGUGUCUUCGAGAGUUUGAAAAACAUCAGAAUGCUUCUGAGGGCAGAUGGUCGACUACUCUUGCGAGAGUUGUGCUCAACAACACUGAAGGUUGCCAACUACGUCUUCGGCAGCCUCCCUGGCUGGUGGAUAAGCCAAGCAGAUGAUAGCUUAAAGAGGCCAUACGUGACUCCAAAUAGAUGGAUCUCAGAGCUACAAUCCUCAGGCUUCGAAAGCUCGAGGUCGAUAGAUUCUGAUCAUCAGGAGCUCUAUCAACAAAGUUCCCGGAUAACUGUCAAGCCUACAACUAACAGUAGUAUUCGCAAACGAGUCACAAUCCUUUGUCACGCACCAACUCAUGCAGAAUCAUUGAAUCAAAAGCUCCAGGAACGAGGGUAUCAAGUCGACUGUUGCUACGUAGGUGAUUGUGUGAUCCCUAAAGAUCAAGACAUAAUCGCUAUCUUGGAUAAAGAUGAGUCGUUCUUUCAUGAUAUGGAUUCCCAUCAUCUAAAAUACUUUCAAAGAUUGAUUAACAAUAUUGGAAAUAAGGGGAUUUUUUGGGUUACCCACCUUUGCCAAAUGCAAUGUCGAGUGCCAGACUUUGCUCAGAUCAAUGGGAUUGCUCGGACGUUGCGCAAAGAAUUGUUCGUAGACUUCGCAACGUGCGAAGUGGACACCGUCGAUUCCUCAUGGGAUGUGGUUGUUGAUGUCUUUAGCAGGUUCCAAACACAAUUGGGACAAGACCAGCCUCGAAAGGAGCUGGAGUACGCUAUUCUUGAUAGGAAAGUAUACGUUCCGAGGCUUUUCCCAUGCUCGCUCAAAAAGGAGCUCCAAGUCUCCGACCUCGAUGAUAGAUUCGUCUUCCGCACAAGUUGUCCUGGCCAACUGAACAAUCUCCACUGGACUCGAGCAAUAUCUGAGUCGCUCGAGAAUGAUUCUGUUGAGGUAGAAAUCUAUACCGCGGGCCUCAAUUUUCGAGACCUGAUGGUAGCCGAGGGCAUUGUUGAGUCUUCUCAACUAGAGUUUGGCUCCGAAGCAGCUGGCAUUGUACGCGGCCUCGGACCUAGUGUGAAAGAUAAUCUCAAAAUUGGUGACCGCGUCAUGCUUACAUGCUCAGCGGCAUUUGCAUCACGUAUCGCUAUCUCCGAGCAGCGCUGCGUCAAGAUUCCCGACGAACUGAGUUUCGAAGAUGCAGCGACUAUGCCUUGCGUCUAUAUGACCGCAAUAUAUUCUCUAUUCGACAUAGGAGGCCUUCAGGGAGGACAGUCAGUACUCAUCCACAGCGCCUGCGGUGGAGUUGGUAUUGCCUCCAUCCAACUCGCAAAGAUGGUCGGGGCUGAGAUCUAUGCGACUGUGGGAAAUGAAGAUAAGGUGGAGUACCUUAUGCAGACCUUUGGUCUGCCCCGAAGAAGGAUCUUCAACUCUCGAGAUGUCUCAUUCUUGGACGAUCUUAUGCGUGAAACAAGUGGAAAAGGAGUCGACUUGGCACUUAAUUCUUUAUCGGGCGAGCUUUUACACGCUACCUGGAACUGCGUGGCUGCCUUUGGCAAAUUAGUUGAGAUCGGUAAGCGAGACAUACUGGGCGGUGCCAGACUUGAUAUGCGGCAAUUCCUAGAAAAUCGUAGCUAUUGCUGCGUUGAUCUAGACCAACUCGGCUUUUUGCGGCCACAAACUUGUAAAAGCCUCCUUGAACGUACUAUACAAUACUUCAAGUCUAGCCGUAUACUGCCUAUCAGGCCGAUCAAAGUUAUGCCUGCAUCCUCAAUUCCUGACGCGUUCAGGUACAUGCGUAAAGGUCAGCACAUGGGUAAAAUUGUUAUUUCGAUUCGAGACGCCUCCGGCGAAACCAAUAUUGGCACUAAAGUCAGUGACCGACAAAGAGACAUUUGUCUAGAUAGAGGGGCAUCUUAUCUCCUUGUUGGCGGCCUAGGUGGUCUAGGGCAGUCGGUAUCUAGGUGGAUGAUCGAACGCGGUGCCCGCAAGCUCAUCUAUCUCUCCCGAAGUGCCAAUGACGAGUACAAAUACCAGGAAUUCGUCCAAGAGCUACAAGCAAUGGGUUGUGACGUUCAGCUUAUACAAGGAAGCGUCUCUAACGCUAAGGAUGUAACGAAGGCUGUUCAGGCAGCCAAGGGGAACCUCAAAGGUGUACUACAGAUGUCUAUGGUUCUCUGUGACAGGGAGUUUGGUAAUAUGACCAUAGAGGACUGGACGGCAGCUGUCGACCCCAAGAUCAAAGGAACAUGGAACCUUCACAACGCAACCAUCUCGGCCGGGGCCGUGCUCGACUUUUUCGUACUAUUCAGCUCCCUUUCCGGUACGCUUGGGGUUCCAGGCCAGACCAACUAUGCUGGGGCAAACACAUUCCUGGAUGCUUUUGUUCAAUAUCGACUGGACUUAGGCUUAUGCGCAUCGGUCAUGGAUAUCGGACCGGUUGAGGAGGUCGGCUACAUAUCUCAAAGGCCGUCUUUACUACGUAGUCUGAUCAGGUCUGGGAUGAAUCAUCACUUAUCCGAGAAGGACUUGCUUGAAGCUUUAGCAGUUUCAAUCACGGCCUCGCCAAUCAUUACGCCCAAAGCAAAAGACUCACCUUGUCGAAUCGUCAUCCACAAUAGCUUUGCGCUAGGUGUCAAUCCGAAAAGCUUCAAAGUCGCUGGCAGCGAGAAUGAAACACUCCGAAAUGACAUUCGAUGGUCCUUUGUGGCGGAAUCGGACACAUCAGAUUCUACUGCCACUGCAACAAAUGUGCUUCAGCAAUUCAUCGCAGAAACUAGACAUGACGUGAAGCGUCUGAAGCAACCGGAAUCAUUAGAACUGAUCACGACGGAAAUCGGCAAGCAGGUGUAUAGAUGCCUUCUCCAGCCAGAAGAAGAUCUGGACACAUCACGAUUCCUGUCUGACUUGGGAUUGGACUCUCUAGUCACAAUUGAAUUGGCUCGUUGGUGGAGACACACAUUCAAGUUCAGCAUUAGUGUUCUUGAGAUAACGAGUCAAGCAACAAUUGAUGGGCUUGGGGCGUAUGCCGUCGAAGGUCUGUGCAGUCAGAAUGUCGAAGUAUAGUUAUAUGGCUUCAUGAUCUCAAUUUUGAAACUAUAAUGUAUUAGUCACUGGCGAUUUCUUUAUCUCUAGCACUUACUGUGUAUAGCGAACCUAUGGUUUUCCACUCUUUUAGUUGAUUUCUAUAAGUCCUCCGGGAUGGUAUCUGGUAGUCAAGUGUCUUCGAGAACCGGACUUUUCUAAUGACCAGCCUACCGCCC